AUGCUUCUUGGCAACAACCAUUUUUCUGGUCAACUCCAUGAAUUUUCAAAUGUUUCUUCCUUCCUGCUGGAAGAACUUGAUUUGAGUAGCAACUACUUGGAAGGGCCAAUUCCCGUUUCUAUCUUUGAACUCCAAGGUCUUCAUACCCUAUCACUUUCUUCAAACAACUUCAAUGGCUCAUUCCAGCUUAAUGUGAUUCAACUGUUGAGAAAUCUUACAACUUUGGAUCUUUCUUAUAACAACUUGUUGAUUGAAUAUAAUGGAACUAAUUCCUCGUUAUCCUCCUUUCCCCAAAUUGAGAAAUUGGUUUUGGCUUCUAACAGGUUGAAAAUAUUUCCUGAAUUAUUGAGAAACCAAGCCAAUUUAGUGUAUCUAGACCUUUCAGAUAACCAAAUACAUGGGGAGAUACCCAACUGGUUUUGGAAACUUCCUAAACUUUCUUUUGUAAAUCUCUCAUGUAACUACCUUGAGGGACCAUUACUCAAUCUUUCUUCAAAACCUUUGCUAGACCUUCACUCCAACCGAUUCCAGGGGCAACUCCCAACUCCUCUACCAUUUUUUAAUUAUCUGGACUUGUCAAGGAAUAAUUUCAACUCUGUUAUACCAGUGCUGAACUCGUCAUGGAAUGACAGCAAUCGUAGUAAUAUUUUCUUAUCUCUUUCAAACAAUAAAUUCCAUGGGCAAAUCCCUGAAUCAAUAUGCAAUGCUACAUUUAUUGGGGCUCUAGAUCUGUCUAAUAACUCCAUAAAUGGAACAAUUCCCCAUUGCUUCUCUUCAAUGAGUAAAAGUUUAUGGGUUCUAAAUCUAAGGAGAAACAACCUCACUGGCAAAAUAUCUGAUACAUUUCCAAGUGAUUGUAGUUUACAAACUCUGAAUGUCAAUAAAAACCUACUAGAAGGUGUGGUACCAAAGUCUCUUGCCAAUUGCACACAUUUGGAGGUAUUGGACAUUGGGAACAACCAGAUACAUGAUUCCUUCCCUUGUCACUUGAAGGGCAUGUCUAAUUUGCGGGUCCUAGUCUUGCAAUCGAACAAAUUUUAUGGAUCUGUUGGUUGUGCAGGGCCAAAUGUUACUUGGCCGAUGCUUCAAAUUGUAGACCUAGCCUCUAACAACUUUAGUGGUAAGCUAUCAAUAAAAGCCUUGGCCAACUCAGAUGCAAUGAUGGUUGAUAAUGAGGCUCAGUCAGAGCUCAAUUACCUCCAUUUUCAAGACUAUGAAUUGUAUUAUCCAGAUGUAAUAACUAUUACCUUGAAACAUGAGGAGAUUGAGUUGUUGAAGAUUCUUACCAUUUUAACUUUAAUUGACCUUUCAUGCAACAAUCUUGAAGGGCCAAUACCAGAAGAAAUAGGAGUACUCAAAUCCUUGAACAGUCUCAACUUGUCGCACGAUGCUUUCACAGGCCUAAUCCCACCAUCUCUGGGAAAAUUAAGUAAACUUGAAUCACUGGACUUAUCAAGCAACAAGCUUAUCGGUGAGAUCCCUAUGCAACUUGCAAAUAAUCUUACUUUCCUUUCAGUAUUAAACCUCUCGUUUAAUCAAUUGGUUGGGCCAAUUCCAUACAUCAAGCAAUUUGCAACAUUUUUGGAAACUUCCUUUGAGGGGAACAAAGGAUUAUGUGGGUCCCCUUUGAAGAUAACAUGCACCUCUACAAAGCCAAGUUCGCCACCUCCAACAUUCGAAGAUAGUAACUCAAAUUCUCGGCCUUUAAUUGACUGGAAUUACCUAAGUGUAGAACUGGGAUUUGUUUUUGGCUUGGGGAUGAUCAUUUGGCCUCUUGUGUUUUGUAAGAGGUGGAGGAUUUGGUAUUGCAAACACGCUGAUGACAUUUUAUUCAGGAUCUUCCCACAGCUGUACCUUGGAGGAAACCAAUACCGAGGAAUCCGAGCACAUAGGAGUGUGGGGCGGAGGCAGUAG